AUGUGUGAUAGCCCCAGCGCCUGGAACUGGGCUUCGAAAGCCAAGUACGCCCCUACCCCCGAGUACCCAGACAUCCCCUUCAUCAACAAGAACUCCUCGCUCUUCUGGCGUGGCGGCACAACCGAAGGCAUGUCCCCGGACACGGGCCAAUGGAAAGGCCACUCCCGUCAGCGCUUCGUCCACACCCUCAGCGACAUCAACGUCGGUUCUGCCACCGCCGACAUUCCUCUCCCAUACGAAUACCGGAUCUCGCCCGACCAAAAGGAAGAACAACAACCGGUCAUCAAGACCCGCUAUGAGUACACGCCUGUGCCGAUAUCCACGCUCACGGAUCUGGUCCCGGUAGACGUCGGUUUCACCAGUUUCACCAGGUGCUGGGACAUGGACUGCCCUGAUCAAAUAGCCGAGUUCCACCGCCGUGAACCGGUAGACUUCCAAGCCCACUGGCAGUACAAAUAUCUCAUCGACCUCGACGGAGCAGGCUUCUCCGACCGCUUCAUACCCUUCAUGCAUUCGCGCAGUUUGCCCUUCAAAGCCGCUCUGUUCCGAGAAUGGUGGGAUGAUCGCCUAAUCGCUUGGAAGCAUUUCGUUCCGCUCGACUUGAGGGGACAUGGUGUUUGGGGGACGCUGGUGUACUUUGCUGGUCUAAAAGGAGUACUGGGCGAGAAAGAGGUGGAACUUGAGGCACAUGAGGCCAUGGGGGAGAGGAUUGCGGAGGGUGGGAAAGAGUGGGCGCAGAAGGUGUUGAAGAAGGAGGAUAUGGAGGUUUAUUUCUUCAGGCUGUUGUUGGAGUGGGGACGGGUUACAGAUGACAGAAGAGGGGAAAUUGGGUAUGGGAGUGAUUGA